CAGUGAUGGCGCUCUUGCGCGAUUUCUAUCACACAAAAAAACCCGAAGAAGGCAUUUAGUCAACAACGGUGGAGGAAUCGUGCUCGUAAAUGUAUUAAUUGUGGCUCGGAGAUGGCGCUGUCCUCCUCGCAGCAGCUCGUCAUGGCGUUCACGGCGGUGCUGCUGGUGUUUGUGUUGUUCCCGCGGAUGUUCGGCGGCGGAGGAAGCAGAGACGGCAAGCCGUUCGAUCCGCGGAUCAGCAGUCAAGGUCCUGGUUCUCCGCAGCAGAUCCACAGGAGCGCUCCGAGCCUGGAGAACAUGCAGCAGAUGAAGAAACUCAUGGAUCAGGAGCUGAAGAGUGACAAAUACAAACCCAGCAGCAAUAAGGGCUAUGUCUUCACCCUCAUGCCCAUCUACGCCAUUGGUGUCGGGCUCUUCGCUGCGUAUAAGUUUCUAAAGAUAAAGUCUGCAAGCGAUUCUGAAGCUCAAAAAGCCAAAACAGCUCGAGGAGUGAAGAAAUCCGAGGAGACAGAGAAUCAGCUGAAUGAGCUGGAGCAGAGAUUGGCUCAGACCGAGAAGAUGCUCAACUCCAUCCUGACCCAGCUGGACCCGCUUACCAACUGUGUGAAGUCUGUUGCCAUGGAGCAGAAGAGCGAGAUCAUGUCGCAGCUGCAGUGCAUUCGGCAGCUAAUGAAGAAGAGAGGCAUGGAGUGUCCAAACAUCAGGAUAGAAGAGCCGACAUGUGAGCGCAACAUAGACAAACUCAUUGAGACUUUGGCUGCAGCCGAGACACUUCCAGAAACUCACACUGAAGCACAGUCACAUGAUCACCGAGAGCUCAGGCCUGAGUCUGAGGAAGAGGAGAGCAGAGCCGCGGCGGGAGAAGAUGACGACGUGGGAAGCGAGAGUGACUCGAGUAUGCCGUCCCUCGAGGACUCGGCUGACAUCAGUGUAGAUGAUGUUACAGUCACUCCCAAUCAUCCAGAAGAUCUGACAGCUGGAUUACGAAGACGCAACAGGCCAGAGUAACUGUGACGAGAAUAUUUAGAGAUAUUUAUUUUAUUGCUUGUAAUAAAGCAGUCAACACUA